UAGCGUCGUGUCGUGAGCUGUCAUUCGGUUCUUGGAGAAAUUGCUCCAGCAUCUCUGGGCAGCGGGGUGGAUGACAGAGGCCACAGAAUGAGUAGAAAUUAGCCCACCCAUUUUUAUUUAACAAGAUAUAUUGUAGUGAUGUAAGACUCGGAUGUGUACAGAGUAAACCAUCUCCUUCUCGUUCCUUUGGAGAUCUGACUUGUUGUCAAUGAAAUAUGUGGACCCGCUCAACCCAUCGGUGUUAACGCAGAAAAUACAAGAUGAAGAAGCAAUUCAAUCGAAUGCGACAGCUUGCCAACCAAACAGUGGGCAGGGCUGAAAAAACGGAAGUGUUAAGUGAAGAUCUUCUACAGGUGGAGAAGCGUCUAGAGCUGGUCAAGCAGGUGUCCCACAGCACCCACAAGAAGCUGACUGCCUGUCUGCAGGGUCAGCAGGGCGUGGAGGUGGAGAAGAAGUCUGUCAGAUCCCCCUCAAAAAAGCUACCCCUCACGACACUAGCACAAUGUAUGGUGGAAGGGGCUGCAGUGCUGGGAGACGAAUCCCUAUUAGGGAAGAUGCUGAAGCUGUGCGGGGAGACGCAGGACAAGCUGGCUCAGGAGCUGAUCCAGUUUGAGGUCACCAUCGAGAGGGACGUGAUAGAGCCCCUCUACGACCUGGCCGAGGUGGAAAUACCAAACAUCCAGAAACAAAGGAAACAUUUAGCUAAAUUAGUCUUGGACAUGGACUCUGCACGCACAAGGUUCUACCAGUCCUCCAAGUCCUCAGGGCUGUCCAGCACCCUCCAGCCCGCGGGCGCCAAGGCCGAGCACCACAGGGAGGAGAUGGAGGAGGCCGCCAACAGGAUGGAGAUCUGCAGGGACCAGCUAUCAGCAGACAUGUACAGUUUUAUGGCCAAAGAAAUAGAAUAUGCACGCUACUUCCAGACAUUGAUAGAUGUCCAGUCGGAGUACCACAAGAAGUCAUUAGAACUGCUCCAGAGUCUACUGCCCCAGAUCAAAGCCCACCAGGAGUCCUGGGUGGAGAAGCCGUGCUACGGGAAGGCCCUGGAGGAGCACCUGGACCUCAGCGGGCGCGACAUCGCCUUCCCCAUCGAGGCUUGUGUCACCAUGCUGCUGGAGUGUGGCCUGCAGGAAGAGGGUCUGUUCAGAGUGGCCCCCUCAGCCUCCAAACUGAAGAAGCUCAAGGCCUCUCUGGACUGUGGCGUGAUGGAUGUCCAGGAGUACUCUGCAGACCCGCACGCCAUCGCUGGGGCUUUGAAGUCCUACCUACGAGAGCUGCCGGAACCAUUGAUGACCUUUGAACUGUACGAUGAAUGGAUUCAGUCGUCCAAUAUCCAAGACCAGGACAAGAGGAAGCUGGCCCUGCAACUCACCUGUGAUAAACUACCCCCAGCUAACGCCAACAACUUCAAGUACUUGAUCAAAUUCCUGUCCAAGCUCACAGAGUACCAAGAUGACAACAAGAUGACCCCGGGGAACAUCGCCAUAGUGCUGGGUCCCAACCUGCUGUGGACGCACAGCGAAGGUAACAUCACGGAGAUGAUGACCACGGUCUCCCUGCAGAUCGUCGGCAUCAUCGAGCCCAUCAUCCAACACGCUGACAGCUUGUAUCCCGGGGAGAUUGAGUUCAACGUGACAGGUAACUACGGCAGCCCAGUGCACACCAACCACAACGCCAACUACAGCUCCAUGCCCUCGCCGGACAUGGAGCUCAGCGAGCGCCGGCACAACGACCAGAGCCGACGUCCACUCAGCGUCGCCACCGACAACAUGAUGCUGGAGUUCUACAAGAAGGAUGGCGGCGCCGGCGUCAUUAGAAGCUUCUCGGCGCAUAGUCACACCCCGCUGCACUGGACCAGCACGUUGAAGAACAAGGAGCUCUCUCCCGUGAUUGGCCAGAAGGGCAUGCAGGGCCCGGCGGGCUCGGUGGGGCAGCUGAGCCACGCGGAGCACAGCCCCUGCACCGUCAGGAGAGCGAGGAAGCUGGCCCCCAUCCCCCCCAAAGUGCCCUACUGCCAGUCGGGGGCCAUGUCCGACCAGUCCACGGGCCAGCCCUCCCCAGUCAGCCUGUCCCCCACCCCCCCCAGCACGCCCUCGCCCUACAGCUUCAGCUACCCCCAGGGCUACGCCACCAUCGCCACCCCGGGGCACUUCCAGAGCUCCGUCACCUCCCAGUCGCUGCCCUCGCCCCCCUCGCUGGGGGGCACCCUGACCAAGGCCCGGCCCACCCCCAAGCCCCCGCGGUCGAGGCCCAACCUGCCCCCGCCCCAGCCGCCCAGCACCCCGGGCUCAAGCCCCCAGCCCCUGGAGCCCUCCCCCGGCCUGCUGGACGGGCUGUCCCCUGGGGAGAGCAUGUCCACAGAUUCUUUUUGCAACCUGGAUAUCCCCAUCAUUAACGUGGAGCUGGACGGUAUUUUUGAUGAGCCCCUCAUCGCCCCCUACAGGAACUCCAUCGCCAUCGUCCAGACCACCUGCAGCAAGGCCGAGUCGGAGGAGGAGGAGACAGAGAGCACAGUGCUAUGACGUCACAGGCUGCCCCGCCCACCACCACGAUCACAACCACACACUGCUAGCGCGGCACGCGAAACACCCUCCCUGACCCCUCGUCCACAACGUUCCAACGUAGGGCCCCCUUCGUCCCGGCUAAAGCACACAGGGCUAUGAGUGGCUGGGAGAAAACAUCAUCGAUUCAAUCCCAUAGAAAAACUGCCAUUCUCAUUCACUGUAUCCGGGAUUUUUAUAAGUUCAGACAUUUGCACGAAGGGAAUUUUACCACAACCUCUGUGUUGUGCUUCUACUGGAUCCUUGGUUUUAUUCAGUGUUUAUUUUUGAUUUAAUUGAAGUUAUUUUCUGCCGUUUUAUUUUUGCCUUAUUUGAUUCUCAUACAAUACAUUUGCCUUCAACCGCAUGCAUCUGUAACACCGAAAAACAGGCAGAACUAAGGUUUGCUUUGUGUGGAGGGAAGAACCGCCUAUUGUCGUGUACAUCUGUCAUUCCAAAUGGUGGGCUCUUGUCUCGCGUUUAUUCGAGAUUAACCGCCAUCUUUCAAGCCAUCUGUAGACCCCCCCUCUCUCCCCCUCCGUCCGUCCGUCCGUCCGUCCCCUCGUCGUGGAUUCUCGAAGUGGGAAGGGUUCUGGGAGACGAAACGGUUCAGUCCAAACGCCAGUAGCGCCUGAGCCUUUAACUGUGAGCGAUGCCCGUGUGCUACGGUGUCUUGGAAAGUGUGUGUGUGUGCGCGCGCGUGUUCGUGUGAGUGUCGUAUUUAGACGUGUCUGUGUCUGUGUGUGUGCGUGUGUGUGUGUGUGUCUGCGUGACGUGUUUUCUAUCUGUACUCUAUGUUUGCACAGUUGGUGUCGUAAAACAUAAAUGGGGAAUGCAUGUUUUUGAGCGUAAUAAGGAACUAUGACCCGGCCGCAGAGAGCUUGAACGCCUAAACUUUCACUGAUGUUCUGUAGGUGUUUCCAUCGUAGUCAAUCAGGUUAUCAGUCACUGAAUAUUUAUUUAUAAGGGACAUUUUCAGAGGACGUGAUAUGAUUACUAUGGACAGUAAUAGCAAUCAAAUCAUAUUUUUUAAGUAGGCCUACAGUAGAGCCAUAGCGAUUAACCACCCCUUCACAUACACAGAAUGUAUUGAACUGUAUACGGGAAGCGGAGAACCGGGCUUUGAUCUGCAGAAGAAUCCAAAUAUUCGGUGCCUCGUUUGGAAGUCACACUGGAACCAUGUCUGCAUGAAGUAUAUAAAACACAGUCACUAAUAAGAGACAUGAAUUUACAGAGGCUUGACUGGAACUGGAAGCGGCCGGACAGAGGCGUCUCUCCUGUCUUUAGUUUUGAUGCUUGUCUAAAGAAGCGGCCCCCGUUCUCUGGAGGGCCCCUCUGGCCCAUGGUACAGCUUACAAACGGAAGAUGGGUCGGCAACUCUACUAGUGCAAUGCAGUGUGGAAAUCCUUCUCCUGUUGACGGUUAAUAGGAAACUCUAGGGAACAACGUUUGAUCAGGAAAGUGUACAAGUGUUUAUUUUGCUGAGAGUAUUUAUACAGAUAUAUUUUGAAUAGUUUAUACUUGGUCGUUGUCGUUGAUUAACCACCAAGCAAGACCAAAUCAACUAACUGACGUUCGCAGAUACAGAGACGGGGAAUGUCACCGCGGUGACGUCGCAACCUUUAUACUCCCUGAAAGGUUAUCAUUAAAGAGGAUUCAGAGAACUGGCCAUGAUUUCGAAAACGUAUGCUUCGGUGAAAUUCUCAGUGGAUGUAACGUGCACUGAAACCUUAAUUUAAAGUCAAAAUAUGAAGAUCGUUCAUAGAGGUAACCAUGUUUUCCUGCAGCAGCCGCUGUGUGUGGUGGUUGUCUGCCUUACGUCGGACCUGUCUGAUCCAGAUGGACGGCACGUUAACGUGUUUCUGGUGUGUGCGCUGACCGCGUAGACCGUUUCGAAGCCCUUCUUGUUGCCUCAAAGCUGCAGGGCUGAUGUAUCGUUCUGUCUUGGACAUGAUUCACAGGACUCUUGUUCAUACGAUUUCCUCUGUACAUAAAUGUAAAUACUUAGAGGAGAGGGAUAUAUAUAUAUAUAUAUAUAUAUAUAUAUAUAUAUAUAUAUAUAUACAUGUAUAGUAUAUACUAUGGAAACCUGAAUUUGACACAUUUAGCUUUUUUUUGGUCUCAGCACAAGCUUUCAGAUAAACAUUCUACAAUACUGUACAUUUAUCAGAAGCAAUUAUAAUAGGGUAUGGCACUGAUAUAGAUAGCAAGAUUAAGAUCUACUUCACCGACUCACAAUAGAAAAAAAAGUAUUAUUCAGCGUAGAGCAAAAUCAUCAACCAGUUUAGAACAAAUUUCAAAUUGCAGAAUCUUUUAUUUGUAUUCAUUCACAACUGACAGCAAUUACGUUGUCCACCCAAACAUUUGAAGGGAUUUGACUAAAUAUAUUUUAUACAAUUUUAUUUGCAGACAUUUUCUUUUAUGAAUAUAGGUAAAACAAUUCCCUGGUGAAAUAGUCCUUCAAAACAGUGACUGUUUCCAGACGUUGAAGUUUGGAGCCUUCAAUGAUGGAAACGAGUCAUUGUUAAAAGCCUGGGUCUCUUUUGUAAAACUGUAUUGUGCUGUUUGUUAUCCAGUACAAAAGAGGAUUACUAUUUAGGCCUGUAAAUAUUCACUUGACCCAACUUUACGAGCAGUCAUUCUGUUAAACAGAGAUCGGCAUUCACCAGAUCCAGAAACAUUUUCCUGUAUUGUAAUUUUUUUAAAGCAUGCCCUUUUAAAGAUGAAAACAAAAAAUAAAUCAAAGGCUAUUUAUUGAAUAGGUGGAAUGUACUGUGGACAUGGGUAAAAAAUAAAAGUUCACCCCAUAAGUGGUUGUCAUGGGGAUGUUGUGUUUUGUCAGUGUAGUUUUUACGUUUCAAAUGUGGAGAGGGAUAUUUGAUAAAACUGUGUUGUGGCACAAUCUGGGAAACGUUUGGGUUAGACAUUGUCCUCUUUGUACAAAACAGCAGCAUGCCUUUUGACCAUGCCUAUCAAACAUGUCUCAUUCUUGCGCCCAGUAUGUACGUGUGCUUGUAUUUAUUUUAAACGAGACAAACAAAAACCCGUGCAAAAUUCAGCCCAUAAUUCUGUGCUCCCCUGAGCUGAUCCAUGCACACUGCAGUUUCCAUGGGAAACGCCAUCUUUUACUCCCCGUCUGUGAGAAUUUGCAGAAUGCUGAGCAAAGCUCGACUAGUAUCUUCGUAUGUACGAUCAGUUUACAUUUUCACCGAACACCAGAAAGUUCUGUAAAUGCUGUACGUUGCUAUCUAAUGAAAAUCGUAUUCCUUCCCGAGCUGCAGGCCAUUACGAGUACUUAUCGGUUGAUAAGCAACAAACAAACACGAACUAAAGACCAUGUUUUCUGUAAACGGCGUCGUGAAUUUGUUUGCUGGACUGUCUCCUGGUUCUAUCAUCACAGGUUAUUUUCUUACUGUUUAUUUCUACCAUCUCACUGGGGCCAAAAUAAGAAAAAGGAAAUAAACUACGGAUUGAAGGAACAUUUUAGCCCUUUGUGUCAAACUCUGGACUCGUUUUGACGAGUAGAGAUGGUUUGCUUGAAUAUGACAAAUUAUACGUGGAACACAGUGUACUGUACGAUCAAAAAAAGAAGCCUCAUUAGAAUGUUCAACCUAUUAAAAUGUUUUUUCUAUAUA